AUCGCCUGGGGUUCGGCCGCUGAGGGGUGGGGCCGACUUGGGCCAGAGACGGGAUCUUAGGGCGCCCAGGUUCCCCGCUGCUCCGAAGCCGAGCCCAGACUGCUGCCGUCUCGCCCGGCCAGGCUCUUCACCCAAGGUUCCUCUGGCCCCCUGCUGAAGGUCUAUCCUGAAAAUUGUGUUUAAGUGAAUUUUCUGUUAGAGGGAAUUUGUUGCUUCGGUUUAUCAAGAUGAUUGCAACACCUUUGAAACAUCCAGGAAUUCACCUGUCUUCAGAGACAUCUUCUCAAAGGAGAAAUGUGCCCAUGCACGCGAUCUUUUUUGACAGCAUUCCUUCAGGCACACUUACUCCUGUAAAAGAUUUGGUGAAAUAUCAGAUAUCCUCUUUAAAACUUAAUAACCAUAAAAAGAGUCAGUUUGUAGAAAUGGCAGUUUUUAAUAAUAAAAAUGUACUUCAGUCUACCUUGCUAGCAGAGGCUACCACCUCUAACAGUUCUCUUGAUAUCAGUGCUAUAAAACCCAACAAGGAUGAAUUUAAAAAUAAAGAAAGCUAUGAAUCACCAGGAAAAAUAUUUCAAAGAAUGAAAGAAAAAGUACUACGCAGCAAGCAAGAGCAAGCAUCAAGAAACAGUUUUUUGGAACCAACACAAAAUGAAAGUUGCGCUCCUGAUGGAGCUGAGGAAAGAAUACUACAGCAUACCUACCUCUGUGAAGAAAAGGAAAACAGAUCAUUCCAGCCAGAAAACCGUUCACUAAGAGAAAACUCAACCUCAGUCCAAGAAGUUCCUCUGGAAUCAUCAAAUAAUAUUUUUGUGCCAGUCAAGCAAAAGAUUACAUAUCAGCAGGAAAAGAAGGUGCCUUUGCACAAUUUAACUUAUGAGCUUCCAAUUCUGAACCAAGAACAUAAAAAUGUUGCAACUGCAAACAGGGCAGUAACUAGAGCUCAGCUGGCUAGACAAAUUCUUCACUCAAAGGAGAACACAGUUGCAAUCAAUAAAUCCAAAAAGGACACAUUUGUUUUAGAAGACACUGAUUCUACCUGUGAAAAGUCUCCAAAUACCACUGUUGCGACUCUUUGUGGUCCUGAUGUUGAGAAUGGUGGUCAAUUACUGGUUUCUGGUGAUAGUAAGAUUACAAGAGAAGGCAGUUCAAAGCAGGAAAUUAAGGAAGGAAAUGAGAUAACAAUGCACAGAGAGACUGAUUUUCCAGGUUCCAUGAAUGAUACUUGUAAAAUCGUGCUUGCAACUCCACAGUUUCAUAUAACAAUACCUCAGAGAUCAAAAAGAAAUGCCUGGACCCUUUCUCCAAGUAUAAGCCAAACUAUUACAAAUGGAGUUAAAAUUAAGGUAGUCCAGCUACAGGAAUGGAUGAUUAAAGUCAUCGAUAAUAACACUGCUAUAUGUGUAGAAGGAAAACUGACAGACAUUACCAACAUAUAUUGGCACAGUAAUGUAAUUAUAGAACGGAUUAAGCACAACAAACUUAGAACUUUAUCAGGCAACAUUUAUGUACUAAAAGGAAUGAUAGACCAAAUUUCCAUGAAAGAAGCAGGUUACCCAAAAUAUCUCAUAAGGAAAUUUAUGUUUGGAUUUCCAGAAAAAUGGAAAGAGUAUAUUGAUAAUUUUUUAGAAGAGUUAAGGACUUGUGCGAAGGAAAAAGGAAAGGCCAGACAAAAACAGAAAGCUGAAAGAUGUAUUCCUGCCAUUCAAAAGUCAAUGAAAAAUGAUGCAAAGAAAAAAAAACCAGAUGUCCUCCAAAGAGCCACCACGUAUGACCUUGACUGUGAUCCUUUGGAGAGAACUCAAGAAUCAAAAGUAUCUGUUGAUAUUCUAACAUCAAGGAAACAGUUUUUCUCAGAUGAAGAAAGAAAAUAUAUGACUGUUAGUCAGAAGAAACCUUGUAUUUUAGUGACACCACUUAAAUCUAAAAAAAUUAUAGAGCAAAAAUGCAUGAACUAUAAUCUGUCAUCUGACUCUAUUAAAGCAGUAACAGAAUUUGCAUUGGGAAAGCCUCCAAAAGAAAGUAAAACAGACUCAAAUGCAACUACAAGUCUAGUCAGUAAGCCCACAAAGACUUCAGAAGGUACAUUUGAGUGUAGUGUGGGCCAUAAUAGUGAAAAUACGGAAGAUUGUUGUGAACGUGAUUUCUUCACUGUCAACCACAAAAUAAAAAUACCCAGUCCUAAAAAAGAACAAAUGGUCACCUCUGACUUUAAGAAAAAUACAAGGUUAUCAAAACUGAAGAAAAUUGAAAAUCAAGUAACUGUGUCAUUUGACAAGCAAGAGUCCUCAUCAGAUUUGUCUAAUGAAGAAAGUGAAAAAGAAAAGAAAUUUAGAAGGAAAACUGAGAUUGUUAAGAAAACCAGAGCAAUAAAUACUGAAGAAACAGUGGUUCACCAGAGCAAAAGCACAAGAAAAACAAGGACAGUCCCAGUGAUGCCUGAAUCUGAAACUGAAGAAAGUGAAAAUGAACUUUAUAUGAAACAAAAGAAAGCUAAAUGUUCUGCUAAAGAAAACCUUCAGAAACCUGAUGUUGGUAAUGAACUUCCAAAUACCGAGAAAAUGGGGUCUAGUAAGACAAACAGGCAUUCCUUGGAAUGUUUGCCUGGUUUUACUCAGGAUGAGGAGUGGAAUAAGAAAGAAUUACAGAAACUUCAUCGUGCUGUUGCAUCUCUGCCAAAGCACAAGUCUGGUUUCUGGUCAGACGUAGCUGUGGCUGUAGGUUCUCGAUCUGCGGAUGAAUGCCAGAGGAAGUACAUGGAAGAUCCCCGAGGAAAAAGAUUUCAGAAACAUGACACCAAGAAAAAGCCAGCCAACCCCAAAGGCAAAAAUGGCAAGAUCGAUGAUGCUGAUAAGAAGGAAACUAUGAAGAUAACUGCCAAAGUGGGAACUCUUAAAAGGAAGCAGCAGAUGAGAGAUUUUCUUGAACAGCUGCCAAAAGAUGACCAUGAUGAUUUUUUCAGUGCAACACCUUUGCAGCAUCAAAAAAUACUGUUACCAAGUUUCCAGGACAGUCAAGAAGGGGAUGAUAUUCUGCCAAAUAUGGACAGAAAUCCAACAACUCCAUCAUCAGUUAUCUUUCCACUGGCAAAAACUCCUCAGUGUCAUCACGUCACGCCCGGCAUGCUAGACUCUAUAAACAGGAAUGAUUGUGAUAAAUAUGUUUUUCGUAUGCAAAAAACCCAUAAGAGUAAAGGCGGCACUACCUGGGGCAAUAUCAAGAAAAAAACGAUGGAAACUGAUUUUUCAACUCCACCAUCAAGAAGAAAAACACCAUUUAACAAAGAAUUAGCAGAAAACUCUGGUAUUGGAAAACUUUUCACAAAGGCUAUGGAGUCUUUAGAUGAAGAAGAGAACGAUUAUUAUUUUUCGAAUUCUGAUUCUGAAUAGUAUAAAUAAGAGAGCAUGUCCAGGAUGUUUAUCAAGAAGCAGGCAGUGUAUUUGUGUCUUCCUCUGAAGUGUAUAUAUUUUCUUUAUAGAAACUGCACACUGUUUUUCAAAGGUUUCAUGUUUUAUGUCUCAUAAGCAUCUUAGUCUGUUUAAGAAAAUCGUGUUCCAUACAGGUUUUCUUAUUUUUUUUUUUUUUAAAUCAUUUAAGAAAAUGUUAGUAUCGUUAAAGGGAGAGAUGGGGGAGAACACAAUACAGAUUGUAGCUUCUGAGCUCAUGGAAACUCAGGUUACCAUUUGUCACCACUUGGUAUACAAGUCAGAUCUAAUGUUUUAAUUACAUGUUGUUUAAACCAUUUGACAAGCUUUCUCCUGAUUUUCUUAAAGCUUGUGAUUGGCACAUCUGUGAAACCUAUGUAAAUUUCAUUUAUUACUUUUAAGUAUUUUUAUUAAGUAGAAUGAGAAAACAUUUUGUUGUAUUUUUAAGCAGACAUAGCAAAAAUUUGGUCUCAGUAUUUAAAAGACUGGGUUAGACAGCGUUCAGGUUACAGAUCUACUACUGUAAGAAGUCAAGUUACUAUGUCCUGUCAUAAUAAACACUUUUCCUUUUGGACAGCUUCUUUGGAAAUAAACAUCUUUUAGCAUAUUCUGCCAUUAUGUUUUAAAUUUGACAUGAAAAAUUUUUUCCCUCUGUUUAUAUAGUACAUCACUCACCCUUUCUCUCCAGUUAGGUUGUUCAAAUAAAGUAAGUUUGUUUUUAUAA